AUGAAUUCUCUCGGUGAUUUUGCUGCUUUUGGAAAUUUAUCUGUGGAAGAGACGUGCCCUAAGAAGGUCAAAUUCAGAGACAAAGAGAGGGAUAUACUAGUCGGUGAAUCAUCAAAGAGUGGCUUUGAAAAAGCGAAUGAUAAGGAGAAUAUAGAUAUUUUAGAAUGUGACAUUCAAAAAACUAUUGUGAAUGGAAUGCCUUCCAUCAUAUUUUUUGAUCCAAUCCAUCGGAUCCUUAUUCAAAGCAUGAGCAAUACUGUAAUCUUGAAAAUUCUUGGUCGCAAUAUCGGUUUUUCAGUGUUGCAGAAUAAAAUCUAUUCUAUAUGGAAACCUUCAGCCCCUUUUCAUAUGAUGGACAUUGAGAAUGGCUACUUUUUAGUCAAAUUUCAAAACUAUAUAGACUGUGAAAAGGCUCUCUCGGAAUGCCCGUGGAUAAUUUUUGGCCAAUACUUAACUGUCCAGCAUUGGACAAUGGCUUUUGAUCCUGCUCAGGCGUUUCCAAGUGUUGUGAUGACAUGGAUUAGAUUUCCCGCUCUACCAAGUUAUCUCUACAACCGCAAAAUUAUUACUGAUAUCGAAAAUUUUGUGGGAAAAGUGGUCAAGCUUGACAUGAACACUGAUAGUAGAACAAGAGGAUGUUUUUCCAGAUUAGCGGUGUAUAUUAAUUUAAAUGAACCUCUAGUGUCGCAAAUCUUGAUCAAUGGUCGUGAACAAAGAGUUGAAUAUGAAUCCCUCUCCACAAUCUGCUUUCAUUGUGGAAGGUAUGGACAUGUGGAAAGUAUAUGCAAUUUUAAGGUUGCUGAAGCUUCGAUGAGAGUGAACGGAGACUCACCGGUGGAAGAAUCGAGGUACCAAAAUUUGAACGUUGAAGCUACUGAGAAGAAAGAUGGUAACUAA